GAGGAGGCCCUGCCCCUCCAAUCGUGGCCUCCUAUGGACACCAAGACUCACAGCCUUCCCACCACCCAGCCCCAUAGCAGCUCUCGGCCCCAAGGCCCCACCUGCAGGCCGUGCACCUGCAGCCACCACUGCCAGACCUGCAGCCAGCACUGCAGCCAGGGCCGGAGCUCUAGCCGGAGCCCGACCACCCACCACAGCCCACCCGGCGCCCACAGCUCAGCCGGCCGCCAGAGCCAGAGUCCCAGCCCCAGCCCACCACCAAGGCACCACAAAAAGACCAUGAACUCCCACCACUCUCCCACGCGGCCCGCCAUCCUCUACAGCAGCUGCCCCAAGAGAAGAAAGAACUUGGAAGGCAAGAUGAACAAGAGAAAAAUGGCCAAGAGGAUCCGGCAGGUGUACAAAACCAAGAAGCGGAGCUCAGGUACCCUUUAG